ACGGUUAUCAACGAAGUUGUUAAAACUUUUUUUUUAUUUGUAUUCUAGAUACGCGUACUGCAAGUACGAUAAUAGGCAAUUUCAUUCCAAACACAUGUAUAAGUGAAUUAUAGUAUCUAAAUUAUAUAUCCAGUGUUUAAGAAUAUCGAUAAUCGGCUUAGCCUGCCACCCACAACUCAUCAAAAAUGAUUCAAACAAGAAGUAGUCCACUGCUGGGACCGUGCUUAGCUUUAGUUGCGGUUCUUCAUGUUUUCCAUCAUCCUACCCCAACAGAUGCUGGUGCGGUGCCUAUGACCAGUGAAAAUAUUGAUAUGACAUUAGCAUCAAAUGAAUUGGUUUUCCUAAAUUUUUAUGCGGAGUGGUGUCGGUUUAGUAAUAUUUUAGCGCCAAUUUUCAAUGAAGCGGCGGAUAAGAUUAAAGAGGAAUUUCCCGAUGCUGGUAAAGUAGUGCUAGGAAAAGUCGAUUGUGAUAAAGAAACAACGAUAGCUUCAAGAUUUCACAUCAAUAAGUAUCCAACUUUGAAAAUUGUACGAAAUGGACAGCUUAGCAAGCGUGAAUAUCGUGGUCAGCGAUCGGCGGAUGCUUUUCUGGAAUUUGUUAAAAAGCAAUUGGAGGAUCCAAUUAAAGAGUUCCAAAGUUUGAAGGAUCUAGAGACACUUGAUUCAAAGAAACGGAGCAUAAUUGGUUAUUUCGAUCGCAGAGAUCAGCCUGAAUAUGAUACAUUUAGAAAGGUGGCUACCAAUCUAAAGGAAGAUUGCCAAUUCCAUGUUGGUUUUGGUGAUGCAUCUCUGGCUAUGCAUCCACCCGGUACCCCCAUAAUUGUAUUCAGGCCAGAUGUGGCUUUGUCACACGAUAAUGAUGAAACCUUCACUGGAAGUCUACAGAAUUUCGAUGAGCUCAAAAUUUGGAUCCAAGAGAAAUGUGUGCCACUUGUGAGGGAAAUAACAUUUGAGAAUGCCGAAGAAUUAACUGAGGAGGGUCUACCAUUCCUCAUUCUCUUCCAUCGGCCGGAUGACCAUAAUUCCAUUAAGGAUUACAAAUCCAUUAUUGAACGGCAAUUGUUAGAUGAGAAACAGAACGUUAAUUUCCUUACUGCAGAUGGUAAACGAUUUGCCCAUCCCCUACACCAUUUAGGAAAAUCUGAAGAUGAUUUACCUUUGAUUGCAAUUGAUUCAUUCAAGCAUAUGUAUCUGUUUCCUCACUUUAGUGAUAUGUAUACAGCAGGCAAGCUAAAGCAAUUCCUUCAGGAUCUCUACAGUGGCAAGCUGCACAGAGAGUUCCAUUAUGGGCCGGAUCCCACAAAUAAUGAGAUACAAGCUGAAACCGGAAAGGGCACAUCGCCACCUGAGUCUAAAUUCAAAGAACUGGGACCCUCAAAACAUCGCUAUACCUUGCUAGAGAAAGAUGAACUGUAAUAUUAAAUAUGUAUAUUCCCAUUAAAAAACAAAAAAAUUGUAAAAACAAAAAAAAAACAUGGCAGUCUCAUUAGGGGUCAAUAUUUAA